AUGUCCUCAAAUCAACAAGAGCCAGAUACCCUUCAAAAUUUCCAACUGAGUAGCAGCUUUGUCCUCAACACCAAACUGGCCAAGGAGAAAAGGGAAAUGGAGUUAGGCCUGCCAGCAGCUUCCACCACUGUAGAUGCCAGCUUCCUUAGAAGAUCCAGCAGCAUCCCUUUGAUCAAUGGAUUUGGUGAUAAUUCACAGGGAUUUCAAGCUGACACCGUGAGAAUGAGAAGGAACAGCUCACCAUUUCUGAACCGCCAUGCUUUGUUAUUUCUGCCUUCCCGCACUCGUACAUCUGCCAACCGGAUUUUCCAAAUCAAACAAGAAAAUGCAUACUGCUAUGCAGCAUCCAUGUUGCAGCUCACAACCUCCCAUCACUCCAGUUCCAGUCGACCUGCCACCCUCUUGUGA